UUCUUGAAGAAAGAGAGUCUGGCACUGUACAAUCGAUUGAAUAAGGGUACAGUCCAGAAAUGGAUUGCACUGUGUAGAACAAAAUGGUCUGAUACAACAAUCUACAAUGUCCAGAACAAGUGUAUCUUAGGGGGUUCUGGACGUGUUGGUACUCUUACAAAGUACCCUGAGCUUGUUGAGGAGAUUAAAACAAACUUUCUGGGCUUUUGUGCAAAAGGUUACCCACUGAAUGCAGUAAUUGGCUGUUCUAUAAUGCUUGCCAUCAUUAAAGCUUGCAAUCCGGAUAUCCUCACAUCAAACUUCCAAUACAGUGAGAAAUACAUUAGGUUGUUUCUAGGAUUGGUUUUGAAUAUGACAGUAAGGCGAGCAACUCGAGCUGCUGCACACCUACCCAAGAACUGGGAGGAGGUGUGUGAGUGUGCUUUUUUUCGUCUUGUUCAUGUAGUAAAAGAGUUUGAUAUCCCCUCAUUGGUGAGUGCUUCAGUACUAUGGUUUAUUAAGUAUAUCACUCAUUUUCUUUCAAGUUAA